CACUGCAUAGUACGGCACGGCACGGUUCAGUUCAGCUCACUUUUGGGGGGUUUUCCACUGGGAACAGUACCUGGUACCUGGUCCUUUUUUUAGUACCACCUCAGCCGAGGUUCCAAGCGCGCCGAACCGUUACCAAAACGUGACGUGUAAACUCUGCUGGUCACUGAUUGGGCGGAAAAAAUCGUCAUUACUGCGUCACUGAACUUGCGACACGAGACACAACAGAACCACUAGUAUUAUUAGCAGAGCCAGCGAAGGAUCGGACGCACCUUUUUGUACUGUAUUAACUAAAAAAAUGGCUGUUUCAUGGUCUAUUGAGGAAGUACAGACGUUCCUCUCGUUGGUAGCGGAUCCAGCGAGAGCUUGAUGGGGCGACGCGAAAUGAAAAAGUUUUUCAGGAGGUCGCUAAGCUCUUGGCCGCACACGGCUACCAUCGGACUUACAAACAGUGUAGGGACAAGUUAAAAAAAAUUAAAAGCGACUACAGAAGUAUAAAAGACCACAACAGUCGGAGUGGUUUAAACAGGCGGUCGUGGAAGUGGUUCGGCCAAAUGGACGCAAUCUACGGAGGCAGACCAACGAGCAAUGGAAGGGACGGUGCCCUGAACUCGGAGAACACGAUCGAGGAUGACUCAUUGUCCACGAUCGAUUCACUUGUACUUUCUACAUGCAAGGACGACGACCCCUCUUCCCAAGCGGUGCUAGCAGCGUCUCCACCACGCCCGCCAACACCAUCACCCUCCAGCUGCACGGCGACACCGCAGCGUGUGUUAACGGGCAAGAGGAAACGGAGCCUGCACCAUCAGGAACAUCUUGCUGCAUUAAGAGAGAUGCAGGUGGCAGACAUUGAGCAGCAGGAGCUGAACCGUGCCCAGAGGGAGCGCCACUUGCAGAUGGCACUGGAAGAGGCCAAACAAGCGAGGGAGCAGGAAGCGGCCUUGAGGGCAGAGGAACACUCUCAGGCGGCUGCUUUCAAUCAAGCAUUCCUCAAUGUUAUGGGGAUGCUUGUCCAGGCAAUGAGUGGCCGACGGGAAUAGAACUCUCUUGCUGACUAAUGCCAUAGGUGUUUUUGUGUUUUUUUUUUUUUUUUUUUGAUAAUGUUUGCACUACAUGUCUGCACACUGUUAACAGUUUCUUCUGUUAACGUAAAAAUUUAUUUUGUUCUACUUGUCUGUUGUAUGUCCGUUGUGCACUACGUGCAUGUGCACACUGUUUAAAGUUUACAGUUUAUAUUUUCACUACUUAUAUUUUUAUUUUUUGCACCUUGUAAAUUUUUAGUGUUUUCUGGUCAUAUUUUUACCUGUAAAAUUGUGUUGUGCUUUAAUAAAAAC